AUGGAACUAGUCACAACCCGACUCAAGGAAAGCUCCUACGUGGAAAUAGCAGGAAUAGGCCUCGUUACAUUCUCGGUGCUCUACGCAUGCAACAGAGCUCUCUCUCGUCCAAAAAGUAGAGUCGUGUAUCCACCAGGCCCACCCAAGGACCCUCUCAUCGGCAAUCUACGACAGUUCCCGAAAGAUAAUUGGUGGCCUAUCUUCAAUGAAUGGCAAAAAGAGUACGGGGAUAUCGUAUUCUUGGAUGUUCCUAUGCUUCCUUUUGUCAUUAUAAACUCCCUGGAUACGGCGCACGAGCUGUUAUCCAAGAGAGAGCGAAUAACACCUCAGGUCGGAAAAUUGGCUUUAUGUGCAGAGACCUGUACGAUGGGGUGGGGAUGGAGUUUUGGAGCUAGACCGGCUGACGCAACACAUCUCGCCAUGCGGAAAAUGUUUAGACAUGGAAUAGGACCCCAGCGUGUAGCGAGUCAUGAUGAUUUGAUCGAGCGCAUCUCUAUCUCCUCAUCGCCCGUUACAUGUGCACUGAUACGUUCUAGUUUAAUUGGGGAGAUCAUUGUCUCAAUGGCGUAUGGGCGACAAAUAUGGAAUGCUCAUGGACCGGACAUGGUUAAACUCAAUAUCGAGGCCAUGGACAUAUUGACCAAGAGUUUUACUCAGUUCUGGUUGGUCGAUAUCUUCAACUGGAGAAAGCUGGACCAUUCUUUGAUUAAUGACCUCUUGGAAGCAAAUGGGCCGUCCGGCAACAUUAGAGAUGGCAUGGGAAUUCUUUAUUUCAAUGUCGCACAAAAGGUACAAGAUGAAAUAGCGAGUGUUGUCGGAAAUGAAAGGCUACCGAAU